CGCAACAAACGUACUUGUAGGAGCAAUAAUAAUACUGUAAUACUGUAAUAAUACUGCAGUAGAGCCAAUAUUGUAAAAUUUUUUGUAGAAACUCCACAUUACCCCAGCGGCAAGGAUGUUCACCUAAAAUGUUAGGUCGAAAAAAACUACGCAGGGAGACGUAACCACGAGUUUGAUCUAGUCAAUAUGGACAGGAAGCAUGAGGAAGAAGGACUUAAGAACUCACAAGCUGGCUGAUCAUAUGAUGUUGCUUUAAAGAGCCCAGAGGGGAUCUGUGAAAUGCAGCACCCGGAAGGGGGCUCACCUUAAAAAGCGCCUGUCUGUCAUUCGGCCAACGAGGACAUUUUGUAGCCAUACAUCUGUAGAUUUAACACCUCUCACCACAACCCACAAAUACACUGAUAACUACUGAGAGGCGCUUAUGGAGGAGGACAGCUUGUGCACCUCUCAGACAGUUGCUACAGAUUCUGUGCUUCAGCAAGAAUCAAGUAACUGUAUAGAUCAUCAGUCCAUCAAUGGGGAAGAGGAGGCAGCAGCAUUGUCGGAUCAGGCCAAUUUCAGCCCUAAGGAGGGCUGUGAUGCCUCUGAGGAGGUGGAACAGUGGGCCCAAAUGAUAUGGCCAGUGUGUCAUGUCAACUGUACCAGCCCCCGACUUUCCUUUGCUACAGUUCAGUGGGACAUGCCUGAUCCCGUUGCAGAGCAGCCUCUCCUCAUGACUGACAGCAGCUCAGCCAAUGAGCUGGACUUUGAGGAUGUCAGCAAUGUGACGAAUGAAGGCAGCACUUCCCCAUCACUUCACGACUCUCAAGAGGAUGUCAGCGCUGAGCUUUUCAAAGCAGAGAGCAGGGAGGAAGAAGCUGGCCUCGAUCCACAGCCACUGAACUCAGAACCUGAGUGGACAGGAAGUGACACUGAGCCAUGUGAUGCUGCAGAUGUGCAAGAGCUGGACACACGGGGGAAAGAAGAUGAGCUGGUAGAGAGUAAUAACGUCCCAUUGAGAGCAGAAUCGGAAGAAGAGGAGGGUCGCUCAGUGACAUCACAUCCCGCUGAAACUGAGGAACUAAUCGAUACUGCUCUGGGAACUGGAAGCUCGGAUGAAUAUGUGGACAGCUUUGUAGAUUUAAAGCUAGAAGAGGAACAGAAAGACUCCUGUGUUCUGCUGACUGGGCAGGAGGAGUCAGGAGAGUCGGAGGAAAAGCGAACUUCAGCAAAUGGUGACAAAAUCGAGGAAGAGAACGAGCAGCAGGGCGAGGUAGAAGAAGGGCAGAGUGAGGCAAACGCAUCCUGCAGUGAAGAAAGUGUCAUUUGUCUGAUGAAUGUGGAGGUACCUCCAGAGCCCCUUCCAACUGAUGACACUGGAGUGUCCACAGAGGCAGAUAAGCUAGUGGAUCUGCCACCCCCAGAGCUUUUGGAGGAAAGCCUGCAGUUCAGUGCUGAAGAGGACCAAGAGACACUGAACCAGUUACAUGAAGAUCUCACCAGUCGGACAGAAAUGUGUGAAGAUGUAGAACAGAACGUGGAGCCUGAACAGCCAGAGGCUGUGGACAACGAUGAGGGAGCAGCGUUACAGGUUUUAGAAAAUGCAGAGAGGAUAGAAAACAAACAAGACGUGGUUGAAAAAAUGGAGGAUUUAAAUUGUUUAGAGCAACAAGACUGUGUUCAAACAGCUUUGCAGGACACAGACGCUUCACUGCAGCUUGAGGUGCAGGACACAGAGCCUGAGCAGCUCGAGGUGACUGAAAACCCAGAGCAGAUACCAGUAGAGGCGUCACAUGAAACCGAGGAAGACGCUGACCACUUAGAGCCACCCCAGCAUCUGGAAGAGUCACCAGAGAUGGAACUGACAGACCAGGUAAUCCAACCUGAAGAUGCAGAGCAGCCAGAGGAGUCUCCUCAGUUGGAGCAGGCUGUUUGUGUUGAAGCUGAAGACCCUGGAAAGGCAGGGCAACAAGAAGAGAUAGUGCCUUCAGAAGAUGCUAAGGAACCAGUAAAUACAACCGAAACUCAGGAGGAGUUAAAUCAGGAGGAAAAACAGGGUGAGACUUCAGAUCUAACAGAAGAUGUCCGGGGGACUGAGGAUGGAGAUUUAGAAACAGUAGUGGCAAACGGAAAGCAGCCCACGCCCCUGGAGACAGCGGUGCCUCUUAUGAAUGGAGGCGAGGUGGACAGAGAGAAGGCCCGCAUCCUCGCCGAAAAGCUGUUCAAGCUGGACGAGAUUCAACGUGGAGAUGUGGUGAAGCACUUAGACAAAGAUAACGACUUCAGCCGCGCUGUCGGAGAAGAAUACCUGAAAUUCUUUGACUUCAACGGCCAAACUCUGGAUCACUCCCUGAGGUCUUUUCUCAAAGUGGUGGUGCUGAUAGGAGAGACGCAGGAGAGAGAGCGCGUGCUGCAGCAUUUCUCCUGCCGCUUCCAUCAGUGCAACCCUGACUCCUUUUCCUCCUCAGGGGCUGUGUUGGCUCUGACAUGUGCCCUGAUGCUUCUCAACACUGACUUGCAUGGACAGCAUGUAGGAAAAUCCAUGUCAUCUUCUAAGUUUGUGUCAAACCUGGACGGAAUGAAUGAUGGAGUGAACUUCAGCAAGGAUCUCUUGAAAAGUCUUUACAACUCCAUAAAGAACGAGCCGCUGGAAUGGGCUGUUGAUGAGGAUGAGCUGAAGAAAGUAGUGAAUGAAGAUCCAGGCGACAGUCCGCGGCUGCGUUCAAAGGAUAACCCCUUCCUGGACGUUCCUCACGACAAAAAGGCUGCCGUCGUCAAAAACGGGUUUCUCCAGAGAAAGCUCCACGCUGACAUCGACGGCAAGCGCACACCAUGGGGGAAGAGAAGCUGGAAGACUUUUGAUGGAGAGCUUAAAGGAAUGGUCCUUUACUUACAGAAGAAUGAUUAUCGAAGGGAUCAGCACAUUAACGAGGAGGUGGUGAGCGUGCAUCACUCUCUGGCUGAACCAGCAGCCAAUUACACCAAGAAGCCGCACGUCUUCCGUUUGCAGACGGCCGACUGGAGGGUUUUCCUCUUUCAGGCCUCGUCCAAAGCGGAGAUGAAUUCGUGGAUCAGCCGCAUCAACUUAAUCUCAGCUCUUCACUCGGCGCCUCCGUUCCCGGCUGCCGUCGGCUCCCAGAGGAAGUUCCGCAGACCGAUCCUCCCCGCGUCGCAGUCGGCUGAGACUCUGGAGCAUCAGCUUCAGUCUCAUGCAAAAAUGCUGGAGUCCUUCAAGAUGGACCUCACGAACCAGCAGCAAAGCACGCUGGACAGCAAAAAGGCCAAAGCCCGGGAUAUGGAGGAGUACCGUGUGAAAGCAGAGUACCUGCAGCAUGAGAUAUGUCGCUAUGAGACCUACAUUCGGAUGCUGGAGGGGUGGAAGAGCGUGAAAAAGACAGGCAACGGCGAGUUAAAUGCAGCAGACCUGAACUCAUUUGAUAAAGCUGUGUGCGCUGACUCUCUGGGAGAGGAAGACGAUGAGGAAGGCAUGCUUAAAAAGUCCCACUCAAGCCCUUCUCUGGAAUUGGAGGUGGCGCCUGCAACGGUGGUCAAAGUCAGACGAAACAUCUCUGAGAGACGGACGUAUCGCAAGCCCAUCAUUCCUCGAUGGAACAAAGAGGUCUGAAAGCUGCUUCGCUCACAGAUCACACGACCGGUUUAUAUCCUUUGAAAGUUUAGAUUCAUGCACGCCGGAGGUGCGCUGACGUUACUCUUUUUUUAGUUUGUGGAAGCACCGAGCAAAGAACAAAGAAACACCCAAGUCUCAUCUAAAAACUGCCUUAGCAACUUAUUGAUCUUGUGCACUUUUUAGUAAAGAUAAACCUCAGGUAAUCCAUAACCCUCAAACUCCCUCAGGACCGAGGGGAGACCCUGACCUAAUUUUUUGAGUGACUUAAAUUCCUGGACCUAAUUUAUUUAGUGUUGUUUGAAUUUUUGAAUUUGAAUUUUUGUUUUUCGGUACUCAGAAUGGCACAGAUGUUUUUCACUGUCCUUUGCACCACAAGGGGGUACUGUAGCACAGGAUAUUGCUCUGUGAUAUCGCCCUGCCGUCCUGUCUGUUGUGAAGUCGUUUUUCUAAAGAAUCCUCGUUGCACUUUUGUUUUUCUAUAUCAUAUGUAUGAAAUGUUUAUUUUCUCUCUCUGUUACAUGUUUUGUUCAAAUGAAGGGUUCCUUUUCCACAAUAAAAUAUAACUUACAUUUAUUAUUCAGUA